AUGGAGGCCUCCAUGGGGAAGCCGGCCAACGGCGACGCCGAUGCUGAUCUUCCAGCAUCAGAAAGUGUCGGAGCGCCCCUGACCGCCGUCUACAGCACCUCGUCUAGUGGCAGCGGAAAGAAUGGCAUCAGCGCCGCAGGGAGCCCACCCAGGCUUGGUCCUCGCGCUCCUUCCGGCCAUGCUCUUCUCGGAGGCCACAACCCAGCUGAGCUAAGACGAAAGCCUCACAUAGAAACCGACAAGACUACAGUCGAUAGGCCAAGCAUAAGCAUGCCGCCGCCAUCGACAAAGCCCAGCGCUGACAGACGUCUCUCUGCCACCAUGAACUCCGCUCGCUUGCCUAGGAAGUCCGAUGAUGGUCCUCGGAGCUCUCCUACAUCCCUCCUGAGCAACGAAGAUCGCCAGUCCUUGACCAGCAACCCGACAGUGUUGAGUCCAACUACAGCUACCGAUCCGACGCACAUCACCACUGCUUCUGCAGGAUCGCCGUCAGUACCAGGUCUGCCCGUGCUCUCGCCUCCUACCAUUACGCAAGAUGUUCCUAAUCAAUUGGAUAUAGUUGGUGCGCAAUCUCAGAUCACAACAUCACCCGUGGCACAGACACCUGCCACGCUGAAGCCGGACGCCGCCCAGGAUGGUGGCGCUCUGCCGUCAAGGCCUGCUAGGAGUGUGCCUAGAUCGAUCUCGAGCAGUCGUCGGCUUAGUACGCCAAGCACCAAAUCUGUUGAGGUCCAACCUGCUCCAGAGAAAAAGGCCAUCGGAACGAUAGGCGUCUGUGCUCUGGACGUGAAGGCCAGGAGUCGACCCAGUCGCCAAAUUCUGACUCGUCUGCAAGGGGACGGCGAGUAUGAGGUCGUGGUCUUUGGCGACAAAGCGAUCCUCGACGAAGAUGUCACCAACUGGCCCAUCUGCGACUUCCUCAUUGCGUUCUUUUCUGAGGGCUUCCCUCUCGACAAAGCGAUAGAGUACGUCAAGCUUCGCAAACCUUUCGUCGUCAACGAUCUUCCAAUGCAGAAAAUCCUGUGGGAUCGCCGCCUCUGUCUGCGAAUACUCGAUCAGAUGCAAGUACCUACCCCUAAGAGGCUCGAGGUCAAUCGCGAUGGGGGCCCUGCCGUAGAGUCCGCCGAAAUGGCUCAGCACCUCAAGAACAUGAGCGGAGUCACUCUGCAGGGAAAGCCCGAAGGUGGGACGACAAUGCCACCGAAAGUCGUCGAAAUGCCCGACGAUGACACCCUGGUGGUAGAUGGCAAGUCCAUCAAGAAGCCUUUCGUCGAGAAACCAGUGUCGGGAGAAGACCACAACAUUAUUAUCUACUUUCCUCGAAGUCACGAAGGAGGUGGUGGACGCCGCCUGUUUCGUAAGGUCGGGAACAAAUCAUCCGAGUUCGACCCGAAACUUAUUGUCCCUCGCGCGAUUACCGAGCCAAACGGAAGCUUUGUAUACGAGCAGUUCCUCAAGACCGAGAAUGCCGAAGACGUCAAAGCAUACACAGUUGGACCGGACUUUUGCCACGCCGAAACACGCAAAUCUCCUGUUGUCGACGGCCUUGUCAAGCGUAACACCCAUGGCAAGGAAGUGCGAUACGUCACAAACCUCAGCCCAGCAGAGAAGGAAAUGGCCGCCAGAGUGAGUAGAGGAUUUGGCCAACGUAUAUGUGGAUUCGAUAUGCUACGUGCCAACGGGCAAAGCUUUGUGAUCGAUGUCAACGGCUGGAGUUUCGUCAAAGACAACGAACGCUACUAUAACGAAUGCGCCAAAAUCCUGCGGUCGUUGUUCUCCCACGAGAAGGCUAAAGCCGCAUUACGAAGCUACUCGGGCGCAGAGGAUACGUCUUCUGAAGGCGUGCCGGAGCAUCCUGGUCGCAGGGACACGGCUACAAGCGUCGGAGGAUCGCAUUCUCACAGGAACGCCCUCAAAUCUGUCUUCAAGUCACCCAGCAUUUCGAAACUGUCACAGCAUUUGCCUCACUCACGACACCAUCAGACAGCUCCGUCGUCGCCCAAGACAUCGACUCCGCCAGUCAGCUCACCUCCUACUAUUGAGCGCGCGAGCCAGAGUGUUGUUCUUGGGUCCAAGAUACCAGAGGCGAAUGCACUACUUCCACCGCCUAGCAUACCAACGAGCGCAGUUUCUGAACCAGAUCUUCUCAACAGCACCAUCAACUCGGCCGAGCACACCGAGCCUACGGAAGUCGUCGCUCCAAUGCCGAGCUCGAAACACUCAUGGAAGCUCAAGGGUGUGGUUACUGUCAUCCGUCACGCUGAUCGUACGCCAAAGCAGAAGAUCAAGCUUACUGCGCAUUCACAAGUCUUUGUCGAUCUCCUCAAAGGCCACCACGAGGAAGUACUUCUUAAAGGCGAAGCAGCGCUAGCCAGUGUCGAGGCUGCGGUCAAAGUUGCACAACGCGAUAAUCUGGAGGAUCAGGACAAGUUGCGUAACCUACGCAAUGCUUUGGCGCGGAAGCGAAGUCACCCAGCGACUAAAGUACAGAUCAAGCCUAUGUUUCGCAAGCGGAAACCGGAGGAGAGAGUGUCGUUCUCAGCAGAAUCAAUGGCAGUAGAAUCGCCAAUUCCAGAGGACAGGGAGAUGGCAAUUCCGCCGCCGACUCCGUUGUCUCCCUCGGCCAACGACGAUCUCAAAAAAACUCCGACCAGGAGCGAUUCCAUAUCGGGACCGACGUUCUCUCGGUACGCAGCCGCGGAGAACGAUCUCGUUCUAGACAAGAUGCAGCUUGUGAUGAAGUGGGGUGGCGAACCAACUCAUUCAGCUAGAUAUCAGUCGUCGGACUUGGGUGCCAACAUGCGGGAGGACUUCAUGCUCCUGAAUCGGAAAGUGCUUGACGACAUAUGGGCUGCGUCGUUCCUCGGCAGAGGCGAUAUCAGCGAGGAGAGCAUUCACGUCCGCAAGGAUCUCCUGGACGACUCAAACGCGGCAAAAGACGUCAUGGACAAGGUCAAAAAGAAGCUUAAGCACCUUCUACGUGAGGGCAACUCGGUUCCGGAAGAAUUCGCGUGGCCCAAAGAUGUGCCCGAGCCGUUUGUCGUCAUGCAGACCGUCAUCGAACUGAUGCGGUUUCACCGGAAAGUAUUGCGUUACAACUUCAAGAAGUUGACUGGUGGUGCAGCGGCCUCCCUGGCGGCUCUCGGCGAUCCCAAAGACAAUAUGCCGAAAGAUGCCCACACGAAGGACCCUGAUAGUAUCCAGGCUCGCUGGUGCACGAACGGAGACAAUCCUGAUCUUUUUAAGGAACGUUGGGAGAAGCUCUUCGCUGAGUUCUGCGACAGUGACAAGGCGGACCCUAGCAAAGUUUCAGAGCUAUACGAUACGAUGAAGUACGAUGCCCUGCACAAUAAGCAAUUCCUGGAAUGGGUCUUUACCCCCAGCCAAACUGUAAUCGACGAGUUCACGUUGGAGGAAGCCGACCAGUCACAGUUGGAGUCCCCAGACGAAACGAGGGAAAGUUAUGCCCCAGCAGGAGAGCAGCGAGAUUCGGUCGCCGGAAUGGCACCACUCAAGACCAAGAAGGUUGGCUUCCGCAGAAGAUCGGUCAUGGCUCAGCCUCCCACGACACCACCUCUCACCACUUUCGAGCAGGAUGCAUCCUAUUUCAAGCUUUUUAGCGGUAACAGCGACACCAAAUGCAAACAGGACAAGCGGCUAGGGCGACUUCGAGAGCUGUAUCGCUAUGCGAAAGUCCUUUUUGACUACAUAGGACCACAGGAGUACGGCAUUUCGGAUCACGAAAAGCUCGAGAUCGGCCUUCUCACUUCUCUGCCGCUGCUGCGGGAGAUCGUCCAGGACCUCGAGGAGCUGCAAGCCUCGGGGGAUGCCAAGAGCUUUGUCUACUUCACCAAAGAGUCACACAUCUAUACUCUACUCAAUUGCAUCAUGGAAGGUGGGAUCCAUACCAAGAUUAAGCGUGCUACGAUCCCCGAGCUGGACUACCUUAGCCAAAUCUGCUUCGAAUUGUACGAAGCUCAAGAUGCGGACACGAAAUCAUCGGAGUACUCCAUCCGGAUCAGCAUCAGUCCAGGCUGUCAUACGAUCGAUCCUCUGGAUACGACACUUGACUCAAAGCAUGUUAUUGGCUCAGCACCUCGCCGGAGUCUAACGAAUCACCAGGACUGGAAGGAAGUCAUCUCGACGUUGAAAGCAAAGUUCGAUACCGUGAAACUUCCAGCCAGCUUUCUGGCUGUAAACGUGUCUGCUAAGCAUGAGGAGGACGCUCAGGGUGUUGAAGAGUUGUCGAAAGACCAGAAUGGUGAAACGAGGUCGCCUACAGCAGUGAAGGCCUCCCUGACAUGA